AUGGAUAAAUCUUGGAUGCACAAGAGUAGAUUGUCUAAAGAUUAUGAGUUGGGUGUGGAAAACUUCAUCAAAUUUGGAUUUUCUAAUACAACUAGCUCCUAUAUUCGCUGUCCUUGUUUGAAAUGUGGGAAUUGUGAAAAAAAUAAUAGAAGGGGUGUUAGAGAUCACUUGUAUGUUAAUGGUAUUGAUGAAAGUUAUAAAAUUUGGUUUUGGCAUGGGGAAGAACUUCCUAACUCAUCCUUCUAUGAUGAAUCUUCAAAGUUUGACAUCCAUACAUGUGAAGAUGAUGAUGUUGGAAGUGUAAAAGAAAUGAUUGAAGUUGCUCAUGAGGAGUAUUCAAAAGACCCAACUGGAUUUGAGAAGUUGCUUAUUGAUGCUGAAAAACCAUUGUACGAAGGAUGCAAAAAGUACACAAAGUUGUCUACUCUAGUCAAAUUGUAUAAUUUAAAAGUUAGGUAUGGAUGGAGUGAUACUAGUUUUUCAGAAUUACUUGAAACUUUGAAGGAAAUUCUGCCUACUACCAAUGAGCUCCCGAAUUCAUUGUAUGAAGCAAAGAAAACAUUAGGUGCAUUAGGAAUGGAAUACGAAAAGAUUCAUGCAUGCCCGAAUAAUUGUUGUCUCUAUAGAAAAGAAUUUGCUAAUGCAAUUGAAUGUCCUGAAUGUGGUCAAUCAAGGUGGAAAAACGUCAAGGAUACAAAUGAAAGGAGAAAGCAAAUUCUCUCUAAAGUGAUAUGGUACUUUCCAAUCAUUCCACGAUUUAAAAGGCUAUUCAGAAGCAUUGAAUGUGUUGAAAACUUGACUUGGCAUUCUACUGAAAGAAUUAAUGAUGGCAAGUUACGACAUCCAGCAAACUCUCCAGCAUGGAAGUUAGUAGACAUGAAAUGGCCAGACUUCGAUUCUGAACCCAGAAAUCUUUGUUUAGCAUUGUCAGUCGAUGGAGUAAAUCCUCAUGGUGACAUGAGUUCUAAAUACAGUUGUUGGCCGGUAGUGGUGGUUAUUUACAAUCUUCCACCAUGGUUGUGUAUGAAAAGAAAGUACACGAUGCUAUCAAUGCUAAUUUCAGGACCAAAACAACCAAGGGAUGACAUAGGCAUAUACUUAGCACCAUUAAUUGAAGAUUUAAAACUUUUAUGGGAAAGUGGUGUUGAAUGUUAUGAUGCUUAUCGAGAAGAACCAUUCAACUUAAGGUCAAUUUUGUUGUGGACAAUCAAUGAUUUUCCUGCAUAUGGUAACCUUAGUGGAUGUUGUGUGAAAGGGUAUAAAGCAUGCCCAAUUUGUGGAGAUAAUACAAAUUCUAUAAGGUUAAAGUAUGGGAAGAAAAUGGCAUACCUUGGACAUCGUAGAUUUUUGGCACGAAAUCAUCCGUAUCGACGACAAAAGAAGUCAUUCAAUGGUAAAAAAGAACUUGAUACAAUUCCAAAGCCACUUUCUGGGGAGGAUGUGUAUUUAAAAUUGAAAGAUAUUGAAUUUUCUAGAGGGAAGAAGAACCAUAAGAAACGAUUGAUGAACAGAAGUGACAAAAUUUGUUGGAAUAGAUUAUCUUCUUUUUUUGAGUUGCCAUACUGGAAGGAUCUUCAUGUUAGACAUUGUUUAGAUGUGAUGCACAUUGAAAAAAAUGUUUGCAUGAAUAUCUUAGGUACACUUCUUGAUAUUCCUGGGAAAAGUAAGGAUGGAUUGAAUGCUAGACGCGAUUUAGUUGAUCUAAAACUUCGACCAGAGCUUGCCCCUAUCAGUAGUGAAAAGAAAAUAUUCAUUCCGCCCGCGUGUUAUACUCUUACAAAGGAUGAAAAACGAUGUGUUUUGAAGACUUUGUCUGAAAUAAAGGUUCUUGAAGUACACAUAGUUAGAGAAGUCAAACUUUGUGGCCCUAUAUAUCUUCGAUGGAUGUAUCCCUUUGAAAGAUUCAUGAAGGUCAUUAAAAACUCUGUGAGGAAUAGAUAUCGUCCAGAAGGUUGUAUUGCUGAAAGUUAUUUAAUAGAAGAAGCUGUUGAAUUUUGUACUGAUUUCUUAUCUGGAGUAGAUCCCAUUGGACUUGGGACUCGCAAGUCACAAGACCAUUUAGAUACUUCAAACAUUGGUAGACCAUUGUCCAUGGGAGUUCCUUUCAAACCUCAACAAGAACUUCUACAUCAAGCUCAUCAAUAUGUUUUGGAAAAUACAGUCAAUGUCCAACCAUAUACAGAGUAUCAACUGAGCUUGAAGUUGGAAAUGCUGAAGUUUCAGAUAACUUACGAUGGAUUGCUCAUGACCCUCAUCCUUUUGUUAUUAGAUAUAGUGGUUAUGCAAUCAAUGGAUGUCGCUAUCACACACAAUCUUGUGAUAAAGAACGAAGUGUACAAAACAGUGGAGUUAGCUUAG